UUGAAAGGGAGGGAAUGAAGGGUGGCGAGCCGGCUGGGCCGGCUUGCAACUGUUGUUUUCAAGAGUUUGCUUCAGAAGGGGAAAACCCCAUGUCAUUCCCUCUCUUUGCGGUCAAUUCCUUACAAGGUUGGACUCUUAUCAUGGAGUUGGAGUAUUAUUUGUUUAUGUCUCUCUCCUAGACAUACUAAACCCUUAACAACUCCCUCUUAUAUUACUCCAUAAAACCCCUUUCACUUUGGUCCAUAUAGUAUUCCUUGGGGCAGCCAUUUCUUGCAAUAGAGGGACAAGAAGCAGCAAAAGAGGAAAGCUCAAGAAAAAUGCCUGGUAUUGAAGAACUUGUUGGAGAAGAUAUUUCUCUUGUUUCUCAUCCAGACCCUGUUGUGUUGGAGCUCAACAGAUUGCAGAAUCAGCUCAAAGAGAAGGAGAGGGAACUGGGGAAGGCUCAAAGUGAAAUUCGGGCACUCCGAGCAACUGAAGUCCUGAAGGAUAAAGCUCUGGAAGAGCUUGGAAGUGAAGUUAAAAGGUUGGAAGGGAAGUUAAGAUCUAGUGAAAACCACAUUGAACAAAAGAAUCUUGAUAUCAAGAAACUCACGGAUGAGAAGAAGGAAGCAUUGGCUGCACAAUAUGCAGCUGAAGCGACUCUUAGGAGGGUUUACGCCAACCAAAAAGAUGAUGAUUCUGUUCCCAUUGAGUUAGUCAUUGCUCCUCUAGAGGCAGAACUUAAGAUGCAUAAGAAUGAGAUUGCAGCACUACAGGAGGAUAAAAGGGCGCUGGAACGUCUUACAAAAUCUAAAGAAGCAGCAUUGCUUGAAGCGGAAAGAAUACUGAGAAGCGCCCUAGAAAGAGCACUUAUAGUGGAGGAGGUUCAAAAUCAAAACUUCGAGCUUAGGAGACAAAUUGAGAUAUGCCAGGAGGAGAAUAAAAUACUUGAUAAGACAAACAGGCAGAAGGUUUUAGAAGUUGAAAAGCUUAGCCAAACAAUCAAGGAGCUUGAGGAGGCCAUACUUGCCGGCGGAGCAGCAGCCAACACUAUUCGUGAUUAUAGACGCCAGAUCUCAGAACUAAAUGAGGAGAAGAGGACGUUGGAAAGGGAACUAGCGAGAGUCAAGGUUUCAGCAAACAGAAUAGCAACUGUCGUGGCUAAUGAGUGGAAGGAUGAAAAGGACAAAGUUAUGCCUGUCAAGCAAUGGCUAGAAGAGAGAAGGAUGUUGCAGGCAGAGAUGCAGAAGUUAAAAGACAAACUAGCCAUCUCAGAGAGAGCUGCCAAGGCCGAAGCACAAGUCAAGGAGAAGUUGAAGUUGAGGCUGAAGACACUGGAAGAAGGCUUAAAGCAUGUGCAUUCUUUAUCUGUCAAUACUAACGGAUCCCCCAAAAAUGAAAAAUCCAAUAACUUCUUUGGGAUCCUAUCAAGUAAUACUAGAAUGAAAAAGAGAUCCACAUCACAACCUAGGCCAUCCACCAUCACUAGGAGCUCGAUGCAGAUGAUGGAUGAAAAACAAAUCUCAUCUGCCACUGAAGAAAUAAAGUUAAUUAAUAAUUUGAAAAAGAAAAAUUCUUCUGGGGAAAGCUUGUUGAAAAAGAGUUUGUGGGCUUCUCGAAAUAAGGUCAUUGAUAACAGUGAAAAGGAAAAUGCAGAGAUGAACAAGAAUGCCAUGGUUGAUGAUAAAAUGGGGAAAAUUAAAGGUAUAACGGGCAGCAAUGAAGAGAAGAAAGAUUUGGAGUUAGUUAUUAAUGACUGUGAAGAUAUGGUGUCAGGCUUUCUGUAUGACAGGCUCCAGAAAGAAGUCAUAAGUUUGAGGAAGUUCUGUGACUUGAAAGACAGUACUCUGAACUCUAAAGAUGAAGAGAUCAAGAUGCUUAUGAAAAAGAUUGAAACGCUGACUAGAGCCAUGGAAGUCGAGUCCAAGAAAAUGAAGAGAGAAGCAGCAAUAAGAGAGAAGGAUUCAGCAUUAACAAAGGUGGAUGAGAAGAUAAGAAGCACAAACUCAUCCAAAAGGUCAGCAACAUUCUCCACAAUAUCACCCUCUGCCUCUUCCUUGUCUCCUUAUUUUCCCCCGUCCAUAAAUGCCUCUUGAAGAUACACUGCCGGGAAUAAGGUGGGGACGAGGGUCAGGAAGUCACCAGAAUGCCUUAGACAGUAUCUCAUGAUUUCUACAAUGUAAAUACCCAACCCAUUUGGACAAUGCUAGAUACCAGAAAUAAUGUUAGAAUUGUAUAAUGGUGAGUGGCUAGCUAGCUCCAUGAGUUGUAGGGUGUGAUUUUUACUGUAGUUACUCUUGUAUACCUGUAUGCUUGUAUAAACAUACUGCUGGCAAAUAUUUAAUAAAUUAUUUGUUUUUUUAUGCAGCUAA